CCGAAGUGGAGCGGGCGGGCGGAGAAGGUAGACGAAGGAACUGGGCUCCCCCACCAGAAUCCAGAUCCCCCCUCCGCGAUCCGUCUUAUCGCUCCUACCUCGCCGCCGGUGCCGAAACCGUCGACUCGGGCAAGGCAAGCCACCGUGCCGAUGCAGUCGCUGGAGCCCUCUUCCUCGUCGCCGGUCCUCCUCAACAUAGGGGGCAAGAAGUACGCGACCACCGUCGAGACGCUCACGCAGCGGGAGCCCGACUCCAUGCUCGCCGCCAUGUUCAGCGGCCGGCACAAGCUCCCGCACCACGCCACCACGGGAAUGGUGUUUGUGGACAGGGACGGGAAGCAUUUCAGGCAUGUCCUCAACUGGCUCAGGGACGGCGCCAUCCCUGUGCUUUCGGAGUCAGAGUACCAGCAACUGCUGCGAGAGGCAGAGUACUACCAGUUGCUCGGUUUAGCUGAUUACGUAAACGAAAGGUUGGGCUGGAAGAAAGUUGACAAUUCGGAGGCUGAAUUGACACGAAAGGAUGUGAUCAAGUGCAUCCAGGCCCAGAGAGUCAGAUUCCGUGGAGUAAAUCUGUCUGGCCUUGAUCUAUCUAAGCUUGACUUGUCGGAGGUGAACUUCGGUUAUGCAUGCAUUAAGAAUACCAAUUUUUCAUGUGCUAACCUCUACAAAGCAAAAUUUGGGCACGUGGAAGCUUCAUCUUCUUCAUUUCGAAACGCAAAUUUGCGUGAGUGUGAGUUUAUUGGAGCAAACCUUCAAGAAUCUAUUCUGGAUGGAGCAAACCUUCGAAGUGCAAAUCUGCAAGAUGCGUGCUUAACACAAUGUAGCUUCAUUGAAACAGAUCUUCAUUCCGCUCAUUUGCAGACUGCUAACCUUACGGGUGCCAACUUGAAAGGAGCUAACCUUGAAGCAGCCAAUCUCAAGGGUGCUAAGUUGUCGGGUACAAACCUGCAAGGUGCUAACCUUCAGCGAGCUUACAUGCGAGAAGUUGAUUUGCGUGAAACUCAAUUAACUGGUGCUAAGCUUGGAGGUGCAAAUCUGCUUGGAGCUAUCAGGUGAUGCAACAAGAGUCUACAGCUUGAUUGUGUAGCUUCAUAUUGUGUAUACUGUACUUUUAUUGGAGGUGAUGCCUGCAACGUGAUUUUGUAUGCAAUUCUGGUGUUAGUUGGUCGCAACUGAGAACACAUGUACAUCAGGAAAAAAAUGAUUGGCUCAAUGUUAUCAAUUACACCAACAGUAGAUCAGGUGUGCCAAAAAAUUGCAGUCAUUGAUGGGA